CCUCUCUGACCCAUCUGAAAACUGGAGGAUUGACCAGACUGCAUUCGGACAGCAGGGCUUUAACACUGAUAGCGCUGAGCAGCUUCACUGAGGGGAGCCUCUCCUCUGCACUCGCCUCAGUGUGAUGACAGCGCCGCCGCUCCUGUGCGCGUGCUGCACCGCGCUGAUGCUGCUGACGGCACGCGGAGCCGCACCCCUGCGCAACAGAGUGAAUUUUCCCAGAAAGCUCUGGGAGGUGGAGGUGGGAGGUGAUAUGGCCUUGGAAACGGUUUCUAGGCCUUCAGUUGCUGUGAAUGAAGUGUUGCGUGAGCGCCGUUUGGUCUGGAGAAGUCUCUUGCACAAAGAGCCCCCACCGAGGCAUUCCUGCACAGUGCUCAGCCACAGCACCAGUGGCCCUGCCACACGCAGGCGGGGCCGUCGCCAUGCCCUCAUAGGGACGCGGGGUCAUGGGCACGGCCAGCUGAUGCGCGUGGGCUGCGUAUUAGGCACCUGCCAAGUCCAGAACCUUGGGCAUCGUCUCUACCAGCUCAUUGGUCAGAGUGGAAGAGAAGAGUCCUCCCCAGUCAAUCCCAGAAGUCCUCACAGUUAUGGAUAAGACUGUAUCUGAUGACAGGCUUCACCCAACACCUGAAAACAAAUCCUAUGUGACAACAGGGUCUACUUGGCAUUAAGCCCUUAGAAUACAGGUUCAGAGCUAGCAUCGCUGCAAGCUAAAAGCCCCUCUCAAGGCUGGGUCCCAAGCGUGGAAUAAUUUGUUCUCAUUCUCUUUAAUACACAGAUGUCUCUCUCUAGUGACCACUUUCCAUUAUCUCCACUGUAAUCCUGUACUGUUUGUUUAGAAGGAGAUUGCUCUCUUACUUCAAAUCUCUUUAAUCACCUUUGGCUGAGCCUGCCAAAGUUAAAUUGAGUACAAACACACGCAAGAGGACACAGCCAUAUCCAUGAACACAAACAGCAUCAAACAUGCUGUCAAAAGCUUGUAAACGGAAAUUCAACUAUGUGCCUGACCAAUUUACGUGCCUACACAAGAUUCCUUAAUAAAAACACAGUUGCUCUCCUUUACAUGAACACAUAAACAAAUAUGGACAGCCUCACUCAGUGGAGCCUUGGAGGAAUGUCUGCUGUCCUCACAUGCACACUAAUCAAGUAGGUCAAAUUUACUUCUCAGACAUGUGAAAGCACUUUAAAAGAAAAAUGUUUUCAUUAACCAUUUUAAGACUUGAACAGAAAACAUGUUAUUUAAAUCUAAGUUAAGUGUUGAAAUGUAAAUAUUUUAGAAACAUGCAAAGUAUCUUUAUCUGUAUAUGUAGUGAUCUGUUUCCCUAACAUGUUUAUACAUUAACUAGCUGUCGUAUUCAAUAAACCUCUUGACAUGCUUAUUUUA